AUGGAAUUGCUGAAGUCCCUGAAUACUGACAAUUUGCAACAGAUGUUCAACCUCGUUGGUUUAACUAGAAAGCCAGGUCAUUUGAUGAAGUUUAAGAAAGUUUUAAUACAAUUACAGCCUUUACUAUCAAAACAACUAUCAAAACAACCUUCAAGUUUCAACUGCUCCAAUCGCUGCACCUGCAAGUUCUUCUAUGCUUGUCCACGAUUCUCAAUUAUGAAUGACACAAUGGCGAUUAAACACAGCCAACAAGCGAAAUCUCAAAGAAGUAAGUCUGCUAUUUUGCUUUAUUAUGAUUAUUUAUAUAAAGGCUAUUGUGAAUAAUCAUCAAUCCUGGUUUAUAUGCCUCCAACAUCUUCAAAUAAAAUGUAAGCUUAAUAUAAGUAAUAUGUUCUUUUACAUUCAAUAUUGUCUUGAAGUGAUUUACAAAUUUUACAGUUUUGACUUCCAUGAUUUGGGCCAUAGGGUAAUUCUAUUGAAUUUUGUAAUUAAAUUUGUAUUGUUUCUAUAAAUUCUACACACGUUUGUGAGGGUUUGUAUACCUGAUAUUUUUAUAGAAGUUUGUGACCGUACCUCUUGCUAACUUGAUAUUUAACAUCAUUAAACCCUGAUGAAUUCCAGCAAACUGACACACAGAAGAUACAGCCUUAAUAUGAAUCUCAAACCUGCAUUUUAAUAGCCAUAUGGAACAAACUGUGAAAGGUAGUAUUGACUAUGAUAAUACCAUAAUUUUGCUGUUUUGAUUACAAAAAUGGAAAAUUGGUGGAAAUGGUUGCGGAAAAAAACCAUGGGAGAAGUUUCUUAUCCCAAAUGUCAAGUCGGAUCGAUUGAUUUACUUCAACUCGAAAACAAAGUCUGUAUGAAUCUGCUUUUACUGCAAUCGACCUUUCAGGCAUAUUUGGAUGGGCAGCGACGAUUUCAUUAUGGAGUUGUUACCAAGUGUAAGAAUUUGGAAAAGGUUAAUUCUCAUCGUACAAAGAAGGACAUAAAUUGGAAGAGAUACCCAGAUUUGUGGCGUUUACACUAAAGCGGUAGCAAGAAAGUUAUCAGAUUCAUCCGUUUACACACAAUCGAGGUCGUCGGUUUUGCCACUUCGUUUUCAUACUAGUUUUGCAGAAAUUAAAAUAGCAUUCUGCAAUAACUUUCGCAUUCUUAAAAAUAUACCCGUGGCCACUACAAAAUUUACAAUACUUCCUUGUAAUAGAAUUAAACAAGAAACCAAAGACAACAAAACAAUAACUUUCGCCAUGUUGGUUUUAUGGUAAAACCGCAAACUCGUAUUUUCGCGGGCAAAAAAAGGUUGCUGAUUAACUCAAAUUUCCGUUUAGAGCCAUUUACACAUAGAAUUGUCUCGGAUUAACAUGUUUCUGGAUACAAAGUUUCUACUUUUUUUCCCGGAUUCAAUGUUUUCCGAUAUGUCCUACAACCGAGAUGAUUUUCAACCGGAUACGUCGCUGUAUGUGUAAACGCAUGUAUGAAUCCGAUGCCAAAACGUUUCAGUUUUGUGAUGAAUCCGAAAUCUUUCCCUCUAGUGUAAACAGGGUCUGAGCGUAUGAUGCAUAAUGUUCGCCAUGUUAUGGUUCAGUUACAAAAGAGGUUGAUGUGGGUGAGGUAAGCAAGUGUGAGAAGAGAAGGAAAGCUAGAAGAGAAGGAAAGCUAGAAGAGAAAAAGAGAACAGAUCGAAAGUUAAGAGGAGAAAAAGAAUUGUUGAAAAGAACCAUGCUAUUUUGA